AGGAGGAACGCCGAGCCGCGGCCGCCGGCAAACGUAAAGUUUCUGCGGCUCAAAGUGACGCAAAAAUUCUUAAAGAGCUCUUUGGCGGCGGAUAUCUAGAGAUCAGACCAUGUGAGGGGCCGAGAGUACAAAUACGGCCGCGCGGGGGCCGGCUCCGGCACAGGCAGCGGCGCCCCGGUGCCUCGAGGGCGCGAGGGUCGCCCGCCUCUGAAGCCCAGGACCAGGCUCCGCGGACUCCGGACAGCUUCCCUGCAGAGUGCCCCGAGGGAGAAAGUGAAUGAAAUCUAGAACAAAUCGCAGGACUCCUGCAGCAGGAGGGUGACAGAGCCCUGGUAUGGCUAAAUGUUGAUUCCCUGGCCAACAUGUUCUUCCGAGAUCGGUGACAUCUCCCUUCCAGAGACAGCGGUGGACGUGCUGGAGAAACAUCCGGGGAGCUGAGCUGAGUUCCCUGCACCUUGGCCCGCAGCAGUGACAUGAAGGCACCGCAGGCUGGAGGCACGUGCGGACAGAGACACCGGCCACGCUGGCAUCUGUAACCUGCUGGCUCUUCCAAGGUGGACAAGAGGUGACCCCGCCUGCCCACUGUUGCAGAAUAACAAGUGGAUUAGCCUCAGGAGUUGCUGGAAAGGGGCGAGAAGAAUGAAUGAGCUCUCGACCCCACUGAUGUAAAGUGCUGAGAAGACCCACAGAUCCCAGCAUCAAGAAUUCAGGUCAGGUCCUCGGCACAUGGACCUCAGGGUCAUCUGCUAGCCAGCAAGAUGGAGACCACACCCCUAACUUCCCAGAAGGAGCUGUCAGCGUGUAAGGAUGGAGAAGAUUGUCAGGAAAAUGGAGUUCUACAGAAAAGUGUCUCUUCCCCUGGGGAUAAGGUGGAGUCCGGCCAAAUCUCCAACGGGUACUCAGCAGUUCCGAGCCCAGGUGCAGGAGACGACACUCAGCACUCCAUCCCAGCUGCCACCACCACCCUAGUGGCUGAGGGUCAUCCAGGGGAACGGGAGACCUGGGGCAAGAAGAUGGAUUUCCUCCUCUCAGUCAUUGGCUACGCCGUGGACCUGGGCAACGUCUGGCGAUUUCCCUACAUCUGUUACCAGAACGGAGGGGGGGCGUUCCUCCUCCCCUACACUAUCAUGGCCAUCUUCGGAGGGAUCCCGCUCUUCUACAUGGAGCUCGCGCUGGGUCAGUACCACCGCAAUGGAUGCAUUUCGAUAUGGAGGAAAAUCUGCCCAAUUUUCAAAGGGAUCGGUUACGCCAUCUGCAUCAUUGCCUUUUACAUCGCCUCCUACUACAACACCAUCAUGGCCUGGGCGCUCUACUACCUCAUCUCCUCUUUCACGGACCAGCUGCCCUGGACCAGCUGCGAGAACUCCUGGAACACUGGCAACUGUACCAACUACUUCUCCGAGGACAACAUCACCUGGACACUCCACUCAACGUCCCCAGCAGAAGAAUUUUACACGCGCCAUGUCCUACAGAUCCACCGGUCUAAGGGACUGCAGGACCUGGGGGGCAUCAGCUGGCAGCUUGCCCUCUGCAUCAUGCUGAUCUUCACUAUUAUCUACUUUAGCAUCUGGAAAGGCGUCAAAACGUCUGGCAAGGUGGUUUGGGUUACAGCUACCUUCCCUUACAUCAUCCUUUCCAUCCUGCUGGUGAGGGGAGCCACCCUCCCUGGAGCCUGGAGGGGAGUUCUCUUCUACUUGAAACCCAACUGGCAGAAGCUCCUGGAGACAGGGGUGUGGGUGGAUGCGGCCGCUCAGAUCUUCUUCUCUCUCGGUCCUGGUUUUGGGGUCCUACUGGCUUUUGCUAGCUACAACAAAUUCAACAACAACUGUUACCAAGACGCCCUGGUGACCAGUGCGGUGAACUGCCUGACGAGCUUCGUUUCCGGAUUUGUCAUCUUCACAGUGCUUGGGUAUAUGGCUGAGAUGAGGAAUGAAGAUGUGUCCGAGGUGGCCAAAGAUGCAGGCCCCAGCCUCCUCUUCAUCACAUAUGCAGAAGCCAUAGCCAACAUGCCGGCGUCCACGUUCUUUGCCAUCAUCUUCUUCCUGAUGUUAAUCACACUGGGCUUGGACAGCACGUUUGCAGGCUUGGAGGGAGUGAUCACGGCCGUGCUGGAUGAGUUUCCACAACUGUGGUCCAAGCGCCGGGAGUGGUUUGUGCUUGGCGUGGUCAUUACCUGCUUCUUUGGAUCCCUGAUCACCCUGACUUUUGGAGGGGCCUAUGUGGUGAAGCUGCUGGAGGAGUUUGCCACGGGACCCGCGGUGCUCACCGUUGCCCUGAUAGAAGCAGUUGCUGUGUAUUGGUUCUAUGGCAUCACUCAGUUCUGCAGUGAUGUGAAGGAAAUGCUCGGCUUCAGCCCUGGAUGGUUUUGGAGGAUCUGCUGGGUAGCUGUCAGCCCUCUGUUUCUCCUGUUCAUCAUUUGCAGUUUUUUGAUGAGCCCACCACAGCUACGACUUUUCCAAUAUAACUAUCCUCAAUGGAGUAUCAUCCUGGGUUACUGCAUAGGAACCUCAUCUUUCAUCUGUAUCCCUACAUACAUAACUUACCGGCUGAUCGUUACCCCAGGGACACUUAAGGAGCGUAUUAUUAAAGGUAUCACGCCAGAAACACCUACAGAAAUUCCCUGUGGAGACAUCCGCUUGAAUGCUGUGUAAAAUGUCUCUAAGAGGAAAAUGGCUUCCCAACAACCUCUUUCUUCAGUUCUGACAAGUCACACCUCGCCUGCGCCCUCUAAGUGAAUGAGUCUCCGCCUAAGCCUGCCGAUGGAAGGGCCUUCUUCAUAGAGAGACAGCCCCAAAAGACUAUGGUGCCCAGACUCUCAUGGCCUCCAGCCACUUCCUUCUGUGAAAUCUCCUGGACGUGUUACCACGUCAGACUCUGUGACACAGCUGAAGUGGCUGUUCUGGAUGUGUGAGGGUGUGGAUGGAGAUGAAGAAAAUCACCGUAUCAUCAGUUAGGAUUAGGUUUAAGAUCAAGUCUAUGAAAGUCUCCUGUUAUCAUUUCUUGUUACAGUCAUCAGUAUCUGAUGACAUGUGUUUGCUUCAGAAGGUUUCACUGUUCAUGAAUGCGUAAACCAUACAGGAGAAAACAGGGAUGCCAUCUUGCUAGCUAUAUAUUUUCUGAGUAGCGUAGAAUUCUAUAGCUGGAAUCUGCUAGAAUCCUGUAACCCAUGUGCUGCUGUGGAGUCAGGAGAGGAAGAAGAUGUACGAAGCUAAGCUCAAAAAUAACAUGUACGUGUGAGCAUGUGUGUCUGUGUAUACUGUUGUUCCAGUGUAUCUUUAUUCUAAUACGUUGGGCCCAUUACAAACUAUAUGAAUUUCCUCUAGUUUUUCUUACAUUAACAAAUUCUACCUACCAAA